CACAUACUCCACAGCCAAGUUCUCACGUGUGCUCGUGUGUUUACCGGGUUAUUUCCACGUGUGUGUGCCAGUAGACCCCACCCCUGCACGAGAAACUGAGAGGAGGGUCCCCACCCCCCGGAGUUCAUAAAAGUUUAGCCCCAUACCCGACGUCUGUGAGAAUACUUGGAGAAAUCAUCAAGGAGCAGUCUGCUAUCGGUCGCCUGUGUUACAUUUGAUUUUUUGAUAGGCUGGGCUGAAUAACAGCAGAUUCUUGUAUUUUUUGACACCAACAUCAAAAAACCCAACAAGGAGGCAGAAAAACAAACCAGCUUCGUUCAACAGAUUUGAAAUAAGGACUUCAGCUGGACUGAACUGGACUGCAGUCGACUGAUAAUUGUAGAGAUAUGGCCACUCACAAGCGGAUCCUGAGCACCCUUGGGAACGGUCCUGCCCGACGAAACCUGUUCGGCCCAGUGGACAGAGAGCAGCUGCAGGCGGAGUACCAGGCCGCCCUGAGGAGAGACCUGGACGAGGCCAGCCAGCGAUGGGGCUUUGACUUCUUCUCGGACAAACCUCUGGAAAGCAGCGAUUUCCAGUGGGAGGACAUCCCGGGGACCAAGGUGCCGCUGCUCUACAGGUCCUGCAUGCUGGGUGUGAGACGUGCAGGACGUCAGAGGGCAGCAGAGGGAGCAGUGAAGCCCAAGAGAGAAGGAAGGGUGGGGUCGCCACAGAGUGGGAAGGAGAACAUCCCGAGUUCGCCAGAGAGAUACCCACUCAACAAGGAGAACCUGGAGAAAACACCAGCGAAGAGAGAGAACACUGGGCUGAAGAGGAAGCAGACAAACCUUACAGAUUUCUAUCAGGCUAAAAAAAGAGUUGUUUGGAUGCCCCGCAAAUCCGGCGAGUGAUUUUCGGAGUCGUUUCCCGCAAAGGUGCCAACAUCCUCAGAGAACCACACGAACAGUACUCCUCUCAGGAACUCAACGCUCUGCACAGACGCUGCACAGUCACUCACCGGGAGGUCCUGGACCUAGACAAGGGACCUCUGCUACACAUCAUUUUAAAAACUAUCAGGUUAAUUAGGGUACUGUA